CGUCGACGAAUGUCAGUGGCCCGUCGAAUCCUCAAUGAUCACAGCGCCUUUCCUCGCACAUACCGCCCGUAUUCCCUUUCCACCAUAUUCCGGGAACUUCUGCUGUAAACUCCGUCUCCCUGUUUCCGAUCCCCCUCGGCCAGAAAACGUCCGGCUUUGCGUUGCGAGGGAUCACGGUGGUAGGAAGGCAAGGCGAGCUGGCGAGGCGAGACGCGACGAGGCGAGACAAGGCAGAGUAAGGCAAAGCAAAGCAAAGCAAAACGAGGCACAGCAAGACAAGACAAGGCAAGACGGGCAAAUCAGUCAGGCUCGGAGGAAACAGCGACGGCAGAGAAGACGCCGCAUCCUACCCUCCGCCGAUCGACGAAGGCCGAACGCGAUCAACGCCACGAUGUCUGUCGAGUCUGUGACAAGUGACAAGCAGCAGCAACAACAACAGCAGCAACAGCAACAGCAGCCGCCACCGCCACCGCCGCCGACGACGACGACGACGGCGGUAACAGCGACAGCAACGACGGCGGCGUCGACAACGACAACGGUGACGACGACGACGGCAACGACGACGACGUCGUCGUCGUCGUCGACGACAUCGGUGGUGACAGCGACAGCGACGACGGCGAAGAAGAAGGAGGAAGGAGAUGAAGCCAUUAUAUCGAUGUCGGUGGCCGGUGAGGUGACUGACGCUUCGAUCAUGGAAGUAGGCCGUUCUAGACCACAGUUUCAAUAUUCUCGGGAGGAAUUAAUGCUGAUAAAAAAUUUACGAUUAUCCAGACGUAGGCCUCCAUUCCUAGACAUCGCUUAUAAUAACUCGCGAGGCGUUUGGGAUCCAGAACGUUGGCAUUCGGAUAGAAAACGUAGCGAUACACCCCCGAAAGAAGAAAGGACUGGACGUGGUGAUCAAAUCACUGAGAAUCAUAGUAAGCGACGUAGUAAUGGCGAUCCACGAGAUCGAAUACGUAAGGAGCAAGAUGGUAUCGUUUUGAGCCCUCAACGAAGGAGUUUUAAUUCGGGAUGUUUCGUUAACGUGAAUCAGCCACCAAGCCGACGUCCGGAGAGUCCGAUUGGCAAAGCAGAGGUCAGCCAUCGUGAACCUGUUCGUCGAAUCGGUAGCGGCAGAAUUUUGACUCGAGAUAUAUGGGACUUUAGAGCGGAGAACGAAAAGAUCGAACCUGAGCGUGCGGAUUAUGGUUUUAGAUCAGGCACAGCCGCUGGUGGUUCAUUGCGUGAUCGUGAUAAUAGAGAUAAUCGUGAUGGGAAGGAGCGGGACAGGGAUCGCGAUAUGCGGGAAAGAGAACGUGAUGGUCGCGAUGGUCUGCGCGAGCGGGACGAGAGGUUCGAGCGGAGAUCAUUCGGUCGGGAUUACGGAGACCGCGGCGAGAGGGAGCGUGAUCGCGGCGAUAGGGGGGGAGCGGAGCGAAAUGAGCGGAACAAUCAUCAGACGGAUCGCGAUAAGGAUCGUGGACGCGAGAAGAGAUUCGGCAACGAUCGUCGACGGACUUACAGUGACACUCGCGAUACGGACGAGCCGGAAUGGUUCAGCUCGGGACCUACGUCUCAACAUGAUACGAUUGAGCUUAGAGGCUUCGAGGAUAUUCCAGAGGAGAAAGCGGUGAGCAGUAGUAAUUCCAAUGCGAAGAGUAAGAAGCAAAAUCCCGCACAGAAGAAACGAGGCAAAAAGAAUGCUGUGGAGAAGGACGAUAAAUCGAGUGAAAACUCAGCGGGUCCUAAAGGACGCAGCACUCCGACGGUCAUGGAUCAGCCUAUGAAUGCCGUGCCAGCGCCACAUUCUCCGAUUUCCGAGCAGGCUGAGCAAUCUAUCAUUCAGAAUAAAGAGAACGAUGCCAACGAGAGUACCGAGCCGACUACGACGUCCGAAUCGGGAGAAAACUCCAGUGCGAAUCAGAAUCAAGAGGACUCGCAUCCCGAUUUUAAUCUGGAUGAGUUCUUGAAGUCUGAUACAUUCCCUGGCGUUUCUGGGUUGUUGACGAAUGGGGUUGGCUCGAACAGUGGUACCGGUUCUCGAUUUAGCCAAUGGUUUAAAAGAGAAAGCCCGGUUCAGCAGGUGGAUAGUCGUAGAGCUUCUAUACAAGAUGAAUUGUUGAAUAAUUUAUUGAACGACAUUACUGAGCCAAACAUUCAAAUACCAUCGGUGACUGAAUCGAAUGCUUACUUUGCUCCGAUUUCUCCGGCCAAUACGACCAAUAAUGCUAACACGACCACGAAUGGCGUUAAGUUACUCGAGAUGUUACAUCGUGGUAAUAAGCCGAAUCAAAAUGGCCAGGGCGAUGCGAGUAAUACAGCUAUACCUAUGAUGAAAAAUUGUUCUAUUAAAGAUUUGGAAGUUGGUGGCAAAGUUGUGCAUAGUUUGGAAGAAUUGGAAGCACGUAUGCGGGGUGGUGCUCCUCCACCUGCGACUUCGACUGAUGCACCCCGUGUGAAUAAGACUGAAGAAGAUCUCUCUGCUUUUAAAAAAUUGCUUGCUCAAGUGACUGGAGGACAAGCUGUGCCUGCAGCUAACGGACCUAUUACUCAGAAACAACCUGUAACAUUAAUGCAAUUACUUACUUCGCAACUGAAAACGCAACCGUCACCGAUGCCACAUCAGCAACCACCCGCGGAACCAAUACAUACUACAACAUUUAAUCACGUCGGUCCUCUUGGUCCUACUCAACAUCCGCAUCAGGCUCAAAUGCAACACGAGAAUCUAAUGAAAGUCUUACAAAUACAACAACAGCAGCAGCAACAACAACAGCAGCAGCAGCAGCAGCAGCAACAACAACAACAACAACAACAGCAUAAACAACGACAUUCUGAUAUGCUAUCAAUGAUGAUGGGCAAUCAGCGGAUGCUGGGUGUCAGUCCGGUGCCAGCGGAGAUGCAAAUGAUGAUAAAUAACAUCCCGUCGAGUCAAGAGCUCUUACAACGACCGGAAGCACAAGCGAUUAUUCAAGGUUUACAGCAAGGGGAAAUUACCAGGCAACAUUUGAUACAACAAUUGCAGAAUCCUGCUAUGCAGCAUCGACAUCGUGAAGUUCUAGUGAAUAUUUUGAAAAUGUAUGGCGGCACUACACCUCGUACCAUAAGUCCGCAUCCCCAUCCCGCUGCACCUACUCCUCAGGAUCACAUUUUGCAACAGAUGCUGUAUCAACAACAACAGCAAAGGAUUCCAUCUCCUAUGAAUAACGCUUAUUGUCCACCUCCGAUAAUAUCACCAAAUUUAGCAGCUAGUCCUAGUACUUUAACAGUACAACAUCCAGUGAUGCCGCAUAGAGUACCGUCACCAAGAGAAAUUGUUAUGCAUACUCAGUCUAUAAUGCAAAAUGCUUUAAUUAAGAAGAAAUUGGAAGAACAGCGUGAGAAUUUCCGUAAGCGACAGGAUCAGCAGCAGCAGCAACAACAGCAGCAGCAACAGCAGCAACAAGUUCAGCAGCAGCGCGCAUCGAGCCCUGUUAAUUCGCCAGCUAAGCAAACAGCGAGUCCGCUUGCUUUCACUCCAACCUCGGUUUUACGUAAAAUGACUGCUGAUAAGGAACCUGAUGGAAACAGCAAUGAACCACCGAAAAUGUCUACCCAAGCUCAGGCUUCUCAGAUGCAACAAAUGCAGUCUGCGGUUCAGUUACUUGCACAAGGAGCUCUCUCGAGACACAGCGCGUUGCGAUCGCAACCUGCUCAAUCGACAUGGUCAAAUCCAUCGCUUAAACAACAUCCAGGUCGACCUAUAGUGAAAGGCGGUAAUAACAGUAACACGAACAGCAAUCAGUUCCAAUAUAAUGCGGGAAAUGCGGAAUUCCAACAGCAGCACAGAACAGUACCGAACGUUUAUGGCAAUCCAGCACGAUCUAAACACACGAUGGCGACUUCAUUACCACAUGUCAAUGUCCCACCAUAUAGCGUAGCGCAGAACUCGAUUAUGAAUCAAAGAUCAAAUCCCAUGAAUACUCAGAUGAAAACGCAGCAAGUUCCAACGCAUCUCGCUAACAUGCAACAACCGCCGCACGGAACCGUUAACAUGCAACCGCCGCAACAACCGCCGCCGCAGAGAGCUGUAAAUACACCGAUGCAACUUCUCAUGAGUCAAAACUACAAUUCUAAUCGCGCAGACGGCCGGGCGAUGCGAUCGCAGCAGUUGAACAUGGCAGUCGGCCGUCAAUCUUCACCGGGCCUUGGAUUCGUGGGCAGUAAUGGAGGUGACCUUUCACCAACUUCUAAUCAGCUCGCGCGAUGGUUCAGUCCAGAACUUCUCGCUCAGGCACGGGCUGGUAAGCUUCCGGAGCUUGCGCAAACGAACGUCCUGUCGUUGGAAGAGCUCGAAAGAAAUCAACACGCAUCAACCAUAGUGCAUAACUAAAGUGAUACUGACACUCGAAUUAUUUCAAUUUUGCAAGCACGAAAUCGCAUUGAUAACGUUAUUACUGGUCGAGAAACCAGUAUUCUUCGUGGUACAUCUCCCUUUACGUCCGAAGCACCUGUGUGACAUCCCCCAUGGAUGCUAGGUAUAUAUCGCUAAAUUACAAAAUGGUGCUCGCCUAUGUAGAUCUUUUUAUCAAGUCUUCGUAUUGACAACAGGUUUAAUCGGGGUAAUGCCAUGUAUUUUGAUUAAGAGUUGAUUAGAACCGAUUAAUCGAUUGGAUACGGUACUUUUUUUUUUUUUUUUUCAAGGGAUCUUCUUUCGUCGAAAAAGAUCGCUGAUAUUAUUUAUGAAGCCAAUUUUCCAAGUUUUGCGGAAUUUAGAAACUACAAAUGUACAGAAUAGUAUAUGAUAUUAAGAACGAAGCGCGUUAGAGCAAAGAAGUGGACAGCUUUCUACGAAAACGUAUUGUUUACAAGACUGAAAAGUGAAAAUGUGAAAAUUCUUAUUGUUGAUUAUACGACAAGCUGUUAAAGCUUAAUAUGCGUAUUUUCUAAAUAACGACACAUGAUAAGAUCUAUUUGCCUAAGAUAGGACUGCAAGUUUCUUAUGUACUUCUAUUUCAUCAAUAUUCAUAUUGUUUAACGAGAUUCUGAAAACUAUCUGGCGACUUAAGAGAUUAAUUUCGAUAUGCUUUCAUUCGGAGUUUCUACCGAUCUCUCACUUUCUCACGACGAUUAACAGAACGAUUAAAGUCACCGGAAUAUACUGUGACUGUAUUUUGCAACGGCACGUAUUUGCAAAGUAAUGUUGCGCGAUUACGCGUGUUACUUAAAUUUAAAACGGAGCAAAACGAUAUUUUUGCCGCUAUCCUAUUUCAUGGCAGCAGGCCAUGAAAAUAGUUUAUACGCUGCGUAUGUGUCUAAUACAAAAACUUGUCGUUGUCGACAGCAAGAAUAAGAUCUAGAUAGUUGAUACGUUUAAUCUAGUAUUAUUUAUAGAAUAUUGUCGCUUGCUUGUUUAUAAUGGGACUUGCAAAAACCCUUAGGCAAAUAAUACGCGGACUCCUCAAACUUGUGAAUUGCAAGCUAGCACCUGAUUACAAUUACUUACACAAAGUGAUGAUGUCGUAUUUAAUAUUCUAUUCGUAUUAAUGCAAAACAAUGCGACCUUAUUAACACGAAAAGCGUACGAAAUAAAACGAUGAAUAUGUGACAUCAAAAAAGUCAUUACGUAUAUUAUAAAAAUAAAUAUAUAAUAUAUACUUCUCGUGUGUAGAAGAGCGCGUGCGAUGUCAUUAUCUUGAUCGAAAGUGAUAUAUAAACCGAACUGUUUCUUAAUAAAGAAGCUCGAAAGAUAUAUAGAAAAAUCGUUUGCAGAAUUAAUGGAAAAAAAAAAAAUGGAAACAUUCCAUCAGUCUACAAAGUAUCGAAUUAAACAAGAUAUCUUUGAAGAUGUCGAUAUUGUUACUGAUCUAUAACUGCUUUCGAUUUAUUUGAUUAUCUCAAGAUUUCUGCGUAAUAAAACAAUGGAUAAAUAUAUCGGAUUUGUUUUAAAA